GGCGGGGGGCGGGGCCGCACGGCCAGUGCGGGCGAGCGCCGCUUGGGCUGUCAGACUGAUGAAGAUUGGCACGGAGGAGUGGGGGAGUGGACAUCCCAUAAUGCACCAUGUGGUGGCAGCACAGGGACUCUCCUCACCGUCAUACCCUGACUCCACGCAGUUGUCGUCGGAGGGACCGGGGCCACAGGGGGGAGCGGUUGGCGAUGCCCUGACGCCCUCCGCGGGGCCUGUAGUGGGCGGCGGGGCUGCUGGAGAUGCCCAGGCACAGCUCGAGGCCGAUAAGCGCGCGGUCUACAGGCACCCCUUGUUCCCAUUGCUGGCUCUCCUCUUUGAGCGCUGUGAAGAGGCCACGCUGGGCUCCGACUCCGUGAGCUCCGCAGGAUUCGAUCUCGACAUUGAGGGUUUCGUGCAGCGGCAGGAGAGCGAGCGCAAGCCAUUCUUCAGCGACGAGCCAGAGAUAGACAACCUGAUGGUGAAAGCGAUCCAAGUGCUGCGUAUUCACCUGCUGGAGUUGGAGAAGGUGAGCGAUCUGUGCAAGGAUUUCUGCAGCCGCUACAUCACCUGCCUCAAGAGCAAGAUGCAUUCGGACAACCUCCUUCGCUCGGACGUGGGGCCCAGCAACUCCUACCUGGGGGAGCCCCAGGCGCUGGGCCUGACAUCAGGUGACGCAGUUGCUGUAGUGAGCGUUCCUGCCCCUUCGGUUGCUGUGGCAACACUACAGUCAGCACAGGUGCUAACAGGAGGCACCAUCUAUCAGCCAGUUACCAUGGUGACCCCACACGGUCAGGUGGUUGCCCAGGCAAUGACACAAGCAACCACCACGACUGCCCUGCAGAUCCAUGGGGCACAGUCCGUCGUAUCGUCUCCCUGUGUCAUCAGUGGGAUCUGCACCACAUCUCACCUGCAGGCUGACAACAUGGGGGGCACACACCUGGGACAGGACAUCUCGGCGUGUGACCCGGAUGACAAGCGCGCUCGUCUCAAACGUGGCGUGCUGCCCAAACACGCGACCACCGUCAUGCGCUCUUGGCUCUUCCAGCACAUUGUGCACCCAUAUCCAACAGAAGAUGAGAAGAGACAAAUCGCCAACCAGACCAACCUAACCCUGCUGCAGGUCAAUAACUGGUUCAUAAACGCGCGGCGCCGCAUCCUGCAGCCAAUGCUCGACGCGAGCAACCCUGACCCUUCCCCCCGCGCCGCCCGCAAACUCAAGGCUGCACCGCGACCCAGCUCCCAGCGCUUCUGGCCGGACUCCCUGGGUGCCCGAGCACCGCCCGGGGACACGGGGGAACACGGGGACACGGGUGACGGACACGGGGACAUGGGUGGGGACGGGGACGCACGGACACACGGGGACGGCACGGAGCAUGAGGACGGUGAGGCUUGGGCAGACGGCUGCCUCUCAGACCCGCUCAACACUUUGAGCUCGGACAGUGCAACCCUCGCCGUGCGCCGGGUUAUUGUGGGGCAUUUAUCGGACGACGGGAAACCUGGCGCUUCCAACGACCACGGCCACGCGGAAGACGACCAGGAGGAGGAUGAGGAUGAAGAAGAAGAAGAUGAGGAAAACAUCGAAGACGAGGAAGAAGAAGAGGAGGAGAAUGGGAUGUCCCAGCGGAGUGAGUGUGGCCUGGCCCUGAAUGCCGGAGACUGACUUCACCCCGUGUCACCUCCUCACCGUCCCUCUCCCUCUUCCAUCGGCUAUCCCCGGGGCCAUUAGAAACUACACAGACUUAAUUCUCAGAACAUGUGUCUAUGAAACAAGCAGUUUUCUGCGGGCUUCAAUUUGCACCGCAACUGACUUUAGACGGAUGGCUGAGUUUGCUGUGCGGUUUGGCGCGCUCGCCGCUGGGCCGCUUUGCAUGGAGUCAGGCAGGAGUAUAAUUCCGGCCCAGUAAUUUCCACGGGGAAUUACAAUCGUCAACCAAAGUGCGCCGUCUUCCGUAAAGUGGACGUUAAAGACGGUGUGACUUUGUGCACAAAGUUAGGCCAUUGUGUGUCAGAAUAGCCUGAGUUGCAAGUUUGAAAGUUACCUGAAAAUUAUUUGUAUACCUGUGUAUCUACAGUUAUUAAUGUCUCAUUUGCAAGAGAUAAUCUCAGUGGGCUCUUGUCUGUUUGGACAAAUUAUGUUGAUUUUCAUAUACUUUUCGGCGUUAAGGUUUGGACAGAAAGCCAGGGCAGAAGUCUAAGUGUUUUUUUAUCAAUUUAAAUGUGUGUGGAUUUGACAUUUGUUACAUUUUCAUAGAAAAUGCAAGCUGGAGCCACGGGGAUUCUAAAUCACGGGGUAUAGUGGCAUCCACGAUCUCUACACAUUUGUGCAAGAGAGGGUGAAAGCUGGCGAAUUAGAAUUUGGGAGUGGAGAGAAUUUAAGAGACGGACAGUAAGAGAGUGGAGAGUGGAUGGCAAUUUAAUGAGGGAGAAAGGGAGAAAAGUAAGAGUGGUGAGGGAGGAGAAACAAUUGAAAAGUAGGAUACUGUGGAGAGAGAGGAGAUAGAGGGUGUCUUACGAAAGAGGGAACACAGACAUGGUUGUUCCUACAGCAUCAAAGAGCUGGUGACUUGUAAGAGAGGCUUGUCCAUCGGACGCGACGACCACUUUUACAAGAAACGGUCCAAGAGCGAACGUUUCCUAAGACACCAAGAGCAGGAAAUAGACGAUGUGAAAUGAAUAAUUCUAUGAAACAUCCACAAGCAAGCCAACAGACAGCUCUAACCAAAACUGAGCGAUGCGAGGUGUGAGUGGCUCACGGAACUUACUAAUGGUCAUGCAAGCGCGUUGAGGCUACACUACUGAUAUUCUCCAUUGGACUCCCAGGUGCACACCCAAGACUAAGUCAUGUUCUCUUUAGUGGUGUCUGCCUGAUCACUGCAGACUGCACAAAAAAGUUAGAUAAAUCAUACAUAUGCAUAGUGGACUCUGAUGCUUUCCAACAUUGAGGUCAAUUGAGGCCUCGUGCCCCCGGGGGCAUGAUCAGUGAGUAACUUCAUCAGCCGUGGCGUAUGACGUUAUGCAUCGGUUAGAGGACCGUGUAAAUAACAACUUUGGCCAAUACUUUACCAACUUUGGCCAAUCCUUUGAUACAUUUGCCCAGUCUAUAUAGUCUUUAAUAGCGACACAACUUUAUAAUAACCCCUUAUUUACACAAUAUCAUCUUUACAAAUUAUUGUGGACCCCCCUUUACAGACGGACGGAGCUAAUGCAUUCAUGUAAUGCUAAAACCUGCAUCAUACACAUGGUGAUAAUAUUGUUAAGGCAUAAUUUUAAAACGAAAAGGAGUGAGAUGAAUUUGUACCGUUCUCUGUUCUUCCUUUGUGAACGAGUGCAAGUGAAGACUGCUUUAGCGUGGCCAAGAUAGAAGCCUUACACCCCGUUUGUAUGAACUUCGGAAUUCUAGUACACACUCGAGUUUCCCCCCCCCCCCCUCCCCGUUUCCUUGUUUUUAGACAACUCAAAUUUCGCUGGCAAUACGAGCAACAGCUUAAUUUCUUCUAACAGAAUUUCGCUUCUCGGGCUUGCUUGAAUUCUACGUCAAAAUAUGGUCUAAGUAGAAAAAUCUAUUUCUGGAAAAGCCCUGCCCAACUUGCGUGACAACUUGGUAAAUUAUGGAUAUGCCACUCUUUUUUUACAAUUGGAUUUAAGACCGCAUCUCAAAUUAACCAACUGAAGUUGAGAAUCCAUUUGGAAAUCUGAUUUAGCGGUGCUCCCCAUCUCUUAGUGAUCUGCGAAAGAAAAUUCCCACAGGACUGCUCAAGAAAAAAUAUUUGAAGUGGCCUUGUAUCCUUUAUACACUCGGGAGCUCACUUCCCAUACAUGACAGUAAAACCUAUAUUUUUAACAGCUGAAAUUUAGCUGAAUUGAUUUUUUUUAUUUGAUUCUUUUGUUGUGUGCAGUCUGGUGACCGGACUGAGACCAUCAACUCGCUACAAACUGGUUUAAUCACAAGAGGCUGCCUGGAUUCGAACCGAGGGUCUCGGUGGAGCCAACUCUACCCAGCCCCUUCUCAUCUUAGAAUGUUUAAAGAGAGUCAAAUUAUCCCCUUACUCUCACAGGUAUCGAGCAAUGCUAUCCCCCCUUGUUUUUCUUUAACGGGGGUGGAAAUUCAACAUUGUUAUGGAGAAUUGUAGUGUAUCUUAAAACGCAACAAGCACGAUUACUUGCCAUCAUAUGGUGCGGAUGGUACUUUUAUCACUCAUUGAAUAUUGAAGAGUUGAACUUGAUUGAAUUUUUUUUACUUUUGGUAUUGCAAUUCAUAAUAUCUUCAAUCUCCCGCUAAUUGUACUGCUCCCAUGGAGGAUUUGUAAGUUAUUUUGGCAAGUCAAAAUUGCUUUGCUGAAGAUCACAAACAUCUCAAAUGAAAAACUGCAGUCUUGACUGUAGAUGUCACGAAUUGAAUGUUAAAAAGUAAACAUGAAACUAAACUGAGGCUGAAAAAUAUUUGCAAACUUUCAAAACGUUUGAAAUCUUCCCUGAAAGAUACAAUGUAACAGGGAUGUUUUUAAUCUUAUUAAUCAAAAAAUGUCAGUAAGAAAUGUUGCUUAUAUUACAUCACUUCCUUGCUUUCUCCACAAAAAAGUGUUGCGAGGUCAAUACGAAGACAUGUUAUAUUAUCAAAAUAUAAAUGAUCCGAACAUCAUAAAGGAACGCCCUAAUUGUCCUAAAUAUCCUAAAGCGGAAAUUGAAAAAUACAAAACUCAUCUCUACGACGCAAUUACUUCACUGGAUGUUUGUUCAAAAGACCUCUUACUAACACCACAAGACGGUCCUCCUGCACGCUCUGCAUCGGAUGGUUCACCGUGUCUCAUCCCAUACACAGUAUGUACUACAUUAAUCCCCAAUAGCUGUCCUUCACUGAAUUAGGUGCAGCAGUAAACAUUGUUUAUUUUGCAGCCAACUUUAUGCACCUGCUUUGGAUGGAAGAAUGGGACCUUAGUGUAACCCCAGCGUUAUUACAUGGCCAUAAUGACCACCCUGAGCCAUCCAGACAAUUUCGACUGAAAAGGUGUUUCUGAUGCUCAUUUGACCAUUUGCUUUAUUUUAUCAAUCGUUUUAAUAUUACCAUAAUGCAAGUUUAUUAUUAUUAGUGUUAUUAAUAUUAUGUUAUUGCUUUAAUGUGAUUGUGCCGAUACUUUCGCUCUCACUGUAAUAUUCCUAUUACAUUUGUAACAUUCAACACUAAAUAUAAUGUAUAAUGUACACACACACACACGUACAUUGUAUAGCACACUAAUGUGUGUGUAUAUACUGAUACACAAACGGCUAGAUACAUGUUGCUGAUAUCAAACAAGAGACACCUGGCAAAACUACCACAAGGUAGUAUUUGGUGUUUCGGCAAUGGACUUUUUCUAUGUGUGUCUGAAUAAAACCACCCAGUUGUAAGAGAUGAUAACAUUGCAGCCUAUAGGCCUACAAGGCAAACAUCUUCCAUUGGCAGUUAUGGCACGUGAGACUUGGUUUGUGAUGGUGGCACCCAUCAGUGAGCCACAGCUAGGUACAUAUUGUACAAAGUGUGUGACAGAGGUCUGGAUGAGAGGAAAGAGCCAGUGCACGCACAUGUGGAGUCAACAUAAAAAAUGCAACAUUGGUAUAUAUGUAGUGUAAUUUAAUGUGUUAGUUUACUCGCACUAGAAAAAAUUCAUAAUUAAAUUGAAGGCAAGAAUUGACUCGUUUAUACAGAAUAUGUAGUGAAAUCCUCAAAGGUUGGCCACUCAAAUUUAUCCUGGUUGGCCUUUUGUAGGCUUUGUGAUAGAAAACAUUGCUUUGUGAUGUGAAACCAGCGCUCUCACCAGCACGAUGAUCUCCUCUGUACGUGUACAGCCCUUUUGUCAAUCCAUUGCUGGAUGAGGACCCCUUCAUGGGUCGUGGUUGUUAUUUGGCCAUACUUCACCAUGCCGGUCAGUGCACGAUGAAGGUGGGGAGCAUGUAAAGUACAGUACAAUAAUCGAUUUUCCUACACUGCCCUUUGCUGCCUAUCAUGUAGCCCCCACACUUCUAGUGACCUCAAAAAUCACAACAUGUAUUAAAAAUUGAUAUGAUUAUCACCCUCUUUACAGAAUAUGGGUUUAAACACAACUUGAAAGAGCAAAAAAAGGGAAAUCAUUAAAGAAAAGUAAUGCCAAAAUUUGCUUUAAAUAGUUCAGGAAUAUACAUGAGACAAAACUCCAACAAAGUUUAAAAUAAAAUUUAUGUGAUUUUGAUAAGAUGAAAACACACUGCAAGCAAGCUUUUUUGGGCUUCUUAAGCAUCUAUAGUUUUAUUUCUGAUAGUUUACAACUGAGACACGUUCCUAAGCCUGGAAUCAAUGUGGUUUGACGUAUUGGUUUGAUAUUUAAUGCUGCCCCUUAUUUUUGUACAAUGUGCAUUGAUUCCAGCGGUCAAUUGGAUAAAAAAAAAAAUCCCAUUAAUAUGACUUAAUCUUGUCUCCUCCACACUCACAGAGGUUUAACUGUGAAUUCAUAUCAGACAGCGAUUGCUUUUGAAAGUAGUCACCGCUAUGG